AUGCAUUCUAUUGUAAUAAUAUUAUUUUCAUUGAUUGCACUCUAUACACCUAUUUAUAGUUGUAUAGUAAAAGCCAAUCCAACAUUGAAUGUACGACAAUCACCAUCGGCAACAGGAACUAUUGUUCGAAGUCUUUAUCAAGGUACAACAGUGAAAUGUUUAGAGAAUAAAAAUGGUUUUUGUCGUAUUGAUACGAAUCAAUGGGCAUCAGCUGAGUAUAUUAAUUGUGCAACAACGGCAUCUGAUUCUUAUGAAAGUACACCACCAAAAGCUGAUUAUACUCGUAAAACAUGGCGUAAUGUAAAAUUAAAUCAACGUACAAUUGAUAUGAUUUUACGUGCUGAAGUUUAUUUGGCACAAAUGGGAAUGUCUGGUUUUCAAUUUUCAUUAAGUCAAGGUUCAUACUCAUCAAGUGUUACAGCUAGUGCUGGUACACAUGAUGGUGGUGGUGCUAUUGAUAUUCGUACAUCUGUUGUUAAUAAUGAUAAGAAAAAAGUUGAUACUAUGAUAGUUGCUUUAAGAAAAGCUGGUUUUGCUGCUUGGUCACGUGGACGUGUUGCUGAUAGUUUUGAAAAUAAUAAACAUAUUCAUGCUAUUGCCAUUGGAGAUCGUGAAGCAUCAUCAGGUGCUACAAAUCAAGUAGCAAGUUUUAAACGUGGUCGUAAUGGAUUGAAAGGUGAUGGUGUUGAUCCAGAUGCUUAUUUAGGUCGUGCUAUACCUACAUGGGCUAAAUAG